AAUUGGUGGGAGGGUUAUAUGCUGACCUCCCCUGAGAGUCAAUGGGAAAACAUUUGGACCCUUGCUUUUUUGGAUCCUUACGUGCCGUAGCUCUUCUAAUUAUAGUUCAGGUUACGAAGUUCAGGUCUCCGCCUUAAAACUCAAGAAGAUCUCUGUUACAACUGUCUGACGCUUUGCUGAGCGGCGGAGCUCUGAAGACAUUAUUCUGACUUGCAAAUCUUAAUGAGUGUCAUUCAAAGCCUAUUUAAGCUGCUCUCAUGGAUUGCAAUUGUAGCAACAACUGUUGUUGACCUUGUUCCUCUAAACAGGCAUGGCCGAGUGUCCACAAUGAGAACUGAGCCUUCUGGAAGAGCCUUGAAAGAUCCUUCGUCUUCAAGACCCUUAGGUAACAGCGACAUAACUAAACUCCUGGAGGACCUAGACAAUCAAACGGAAGCCAUCAAGACUGGUCAAGAGAUAGGCGAAGAACUUUUAGGCGAGAAAAACCAUACCAGAUUAAAGGAAGAUGAAGUGGAAACAAUUGAUGGUAGUUUAUUUGAGUAUUCUAAUGAUGAGAGCAAAGGAGAAGACUUUCCAGAGGAAGUCAAAGAUGACUCCUCACAGGCUGUGAGUAUAACAGGAGCUCCUGCGCUGGUCGAUAGAGACGGAGUUCCAGACAAAACAACAGCCCUUGAGAGCGGGGCUUCUUAUUUAGCUGGCAAGCCCCUGUUGAUGCUCAAUAACAAAAGUGAAGACCUAGAUGUAAGCAAAUGGUUUCUGUACUACCCAAUCUCGACGGAAUCUGAUGAGCAAAGAGCAUAAUCAUUAAGCGUUAUUAUUGCAACGUAUAUGUAGUUGUGUACUUCGAACGGUAUUUGCGAGAACUACAUUUCUCUUGUUAUUUCUUUACCUCAUGAGAAGUCGAAUUUUGGAUAAGAAACAUAAGGUCUCAGCACUCGUUUAGGAGGUAAAGCACCUCGAGGAUAUCAAUAGUGAGUAUACCAAGUGAGCUAAAAAGCUACCUGGGAGUUGGUCAUUAUAUUGGUUCUUAAUAAAAGUGAAUUGAUGGAUAAAUGAAUGUGAAUAUAUGGCUAGCUCAGUUGGUGAAGCUGGUACUUAGGUUACAUAAUAUAAGUUCAUAUUUACCUGAUGAUUCCUAUUCCACUUUGUUCUUUUUUCAUCUAUCCACUUGUUUUUUUUUUAAUAACAACAUUACAGUGGCAGAUCAUCUUAGUCCAGGGGAAAGGAACUCCCCCCUCACUCAAUUUAUCAGAUCUGUGGGUUUUUUUUUUAUUACCUGUAUGACACCAAAUU